AGGCAGAAAGGAGAAGGAGGGAGAUAAGAUACGUGUCUUCAGAUAUCUUCUGCUCAUUGACUGUCUCACAAUGAAAGCUGAGGAAGCUGAACUCUGCUUCCCACAACUCAUCAACACCUCAUGCAAGAAACGUGUGGGAUCUAACUCUGAGGCCCUUCUAAUUUAUAUUUUACUGUCCUGCAUCUCUCUGCUCACUGUGAUUCUCAACCUGCUGGUCAUCAUCUCCAUCUCCCACUUCAGGCAGCUCCACACUCCCACCAACCUCCUCCUUCUCUCUCUGGCUGUUUCUGAUUUCCUUGUUGGUCUUCUAGUGAUGCCAUUUCAGAUCCUUUUAGCAGAACCGUGUUGGCUGCUAGGUGACCUUAUGUGUGCUUUGUUUUUUUUGGUAGCAUUUAUCACACUUUGUUCAUCUGUAGUAAACAUGGUGCUGAUAUCAGUCGACCGUUAUGUGGCCAUCUGUGACCCUCUGCGUUACUCCACCAAAGUCACUGAAAACAGAAUUAAACUCUGUGUCCUGCUAUCUUGGCUUUAUUGUGUUUUCUACAGCUUCACUAUUUUAUUCGACAACCUAAAACAGCCAGGCAGGUUUAUCUCCUGCUAUGGUGAAUGUGUGAUUAAUGUCAUUGGAGCUGUCGACCUUGUUCUAAGCUUCAUCAUCCCCAUCUCAGCCAUCAUCGUUCUGUAUGUGAGGGUGUUUGUGGUGGCUGUGUCUCAGGCUCGUUCCAUGCGCUCCCAUGUUGCAGCUGUUAAACUGCAGCGUUCACUGACUGUGACUGUUCAGAGGUCAGAGCUGAAAGCAGCCAGGACUCUGGGUGUAGUAGUUGCUGUAUUCCUCAUGUGCUCUUGUCCAUAUUAUGGUGUGUCUCUCUCUGGUUAUGAGCUCACAAUGGCUUCUUCAACUAACAUUUUCAUGAAUCUUCUUUCAUUAUUAAACUCCUGCUUGAACCCUAUGAUUUAUGUGUUUUUAUAUCCCUGGUUCAGAAAAUCUGUCAAACUCAUUGUCACUUUUAAAAUAUUGCAGCCUCGCUCCUCUCAGGCCAACAUCCUGUAG